UGAAAGUUCCAAGAAGAGGAUGGCAGACAAACAAGCAGCCCAGAAAAGUGUAAAAAUCGCGACUGGAGCGGUGGUCUGUGUGGAGAGCGAAAUAAGAGGAGAUGUCACCAUAGGCGCGCGCUCAGUUGUCCAUCCCAAAGCCCGCAUCAUCGCUGAGGCCGGGCCGAUCGUUAUCGGGGAGGGAAAUUUAAUAGAGGAGCAAGCGCUGAUUAUAAAUAGUUACCCUGAAAAUAUCACUCCGGAUUCGGAGGUUGAACCGAAAACCAUGACCAUCGGCAUAAACAACGUGUUUGAGGUUGGUUGUGUGUCCCAGGCUCUGAAAAUUGGUGAUAACAAUGUCAUCGAGUCGAAAGCCGAUGUUGGCAGAAACGUCGUCCUGACUAGCGGCUGUAUAAUCGGAACGUGUUGUCAGGUGAAUACGUGUGAGGUCAUACCAGAGAACACCGUCAUCUAUGGUUCUGGAUGCCUAAGGCGCGUGCAAACGGAGAGACCGCAGCCUCAAACUCUACAGUUGGAUUUUCUUAUGAAGAUUCUGCCCAAUUAUCAUCAUCUAAAGAAGACUGUCAAAUCCAGCAACAAGAACUAACCCCAGCCUCAGUACACUACAACGCAUCAUCAUCAUCAUCAUCUUCGUCAUCAACAUCAUCAUCACCGUCAUUAACAGUCCCAGGGUGUAACGGCGCGCUAACUACACCCAGAGGUGUCAUCCUGACACCACACUGCAGUGUGUGGACUGACAGUAAGGUCAAAGUAAUGAACCUGUAGUCUAGACUCUCUAACCCUUCAUGACUGAAUGAC